UUCCAUUCAUCUGUUGAUGGAUGUUUAGGUUGCUUCUACCUUUUGGGUAUUGUGAAUAAUGCUGCUGUGACUAUGGUUGUCCUCAAGUUUCAUCCAUGUUGUAGCAUGGGUCAGAAUUUUCUUCCUUUUUAAGGCUGGGUAAUAUUCCAUUAUAUGAAUAUACCACAUUUUAUUUAUCCAUUCAUUCAUUGAUGGGCAUUUGGGUAGUCUCCAACUUUUGGCUAUUGUGACUAGUGCUGCUGUGAACGUUGGUGUACAAAUAUCUGUUCGAAUCUCUGCUUUCAAUUCUUUUGGUGGGUAUAUACUCAGAAGUGGAGUUGCUGGAUAAUAUGAUAAUUUAUUUUUAAUUUUUAGAGGAACUGUCAUACUGUUUUCCUCCACAGAGGUACUAUUUUACAUUCCACCAACAGUGCACAAAGAUUCUAAUUUCUCCACAUCCUCCCCAGAACUUAUUAUUUUGGUUUUUUGAUAGUAACCAUCCCAAUGGGUAUGAGGUGGUAUCUCACUCUGUUUUUAAUUUGCAUUUCCCUAAUGUUUAGUGGUGUUGAGCAUCUUUUCCUGUGUUUAUUGGUCCUUGUAUAUCUUCUUUGGAGAAAUGUCCACUGAAGUCCUUUGCCCAUUUUUAAUCAGGUUAUUUGUGUUGCUGUUGUUGGGUUAUAGAAGUUCUUUAUACAUUCUUAUUUAUCACAUGUUUGAUUAGCAAAUAAUUUCUCCUGUUCUAAGGGUUGCCUUUCCACUCUAUUGAUGUGUCUUUUUAAAAAUUAAUUAACUUAUUUAUUUAUCUAUUUUGGCUGCAAAGGGUCUUAGUUGCAGGAUGCUGGAUCUUCAUUGCAGCAUGCGGGAUCUUUGGUUGGAGCAUGUGGGCUCUUAGUUGCGGCAUGUGGGCUUCUUAGUUGUGGCAUGCGAACUCUUAGUUGCAGCAUGCAUACGAGAUCUAGUUCCCCGACCAGGCAUCGAACCUAGGCCCCCUGCAUUGGGAGCACAGUCUUACCCACUGGACCACCAGGGAAGUCCCUUGAUGUGUCCUUUUAUGCAUGGAAGUUUUUCAUUUUCGUGUGGUCCAAUUUAUAUAUUUUUUCUUUUUUUUUCCUUUUUUUCCCUAUGCUUUUGGUGUCAUAUUCAAGAUAUCAUUGCCAAAUCCAAUGUCAUGAAGCUUUCCCCUUAGUUUCAUAGUUUUAACUCUUAGGUUUAGGCCUUUGACUCAUUUUGAGUUAAUUUUUGUAUAUGGUGUAAGGUAUGGGUCUAACUUCCUUCUUUUGUGUGUGGAUAUCCAGUUUUCCCAAUAUCCUUUGUUGGAAGGACUGUCCUUUUCCCCAUUGAAUGGUCUCGUCACCCUGCUGAAAAUCAUUUGACCAUAUGUAUUAGUCUGCUCAAGCUACCAUAACAAAAUACCAUAGACUGGGUGGCUUAAAAAACAGACUUUUAUUUUCUCACAGUUCUAGAGGCUAGAAAUACAUGAUCAAGGUGCCAGCAAAUUCAGUUUCUGGUGAGAGUUAUCUUCCUGGCUUGAAGAUAUCCACCUUCUCUCUGUGUCAUCGUAUGGUCUUUCUUCUGUACACAGGUUGGGAGACAGAGUGAGCUCUCUGGUAUCUCUUCAUCUUUUUAUAAGGAUACCAAUCUUACUGGGUUAGAACCCCACCCUUAUGACUACAUUUAAGUUUUAUGACCUCCCUAAAGGCCCUCUCUUCAAAUACAGUCACAUUGGGGGUUAAGGCUUCGACAUAUCGAUUUUGGGGUGGGGGACACAAUUUUGUCCACAACACCAUAUAUGCAAGAGUUUAUUUAUGGGCUCUCUAUUCUAUCCUAUUGGUCUGUAUGUCUGCCUUUAUGCCAGACAUUCACACUGUUUGAUUAAUAUAGCUUUGUAAUACAUUUUGAAACCAGGAAGUGUGAGACCCUCAACUUUGUUCAUCUUUUUUGAGAUUGUUUUGGUCAUUGGGGGUCCCUUGAGAUCUUAUAUGAAUUUUAGGAUGGAUUUUUCUAUUUCUUAAAAAAAAUCCUAUUGGGACUUUGAUAGGGAUUACAUUGAAUCUGUAGGUCACUUUAGGUAGUAUUGUCAUCUUUUUUUUUUUUAAUAAAUGUAUUUAUUUUAUUUUAUUUAUUUUUGGCCACGUUCGGUCUUCGUUGCUGCAUGCGGGCUUUCUCUAGUUGCGGCGAGCGGGGGCUACUCUUCGUUGCGGUGCGUGGGCUUCUCAUUGCGGUGGCUUCUCUCGUUGCGGAGCACGGGCUCUAGGCACGCGGGCUUCAGUAGCUGUGGCUCACGGGCUCUAGAGCGCAGGCUCAGUAGUUGUGGCACACGGGCCUAGUUGCUCCACUGCAUGUGGGAUCUUCCUGGACCAGGGAUCAAACCUGUGUCCCCUGCACUGACAGGCAGAUUCUUAACCACUGUGCCACCAGGGAAGCCCACUAUUGUCAACUCUUUUUUUUAAUAUAUAAAUUUAUUUUAUGUAUUUAUUUUUGGCUGUUUUUGGUCUUCAUUGCUGCACACGGGCUUUGUCUAGUUGCAGGGAGCAGGGGCUACUCUUUGUUGCGGUGGGUGGGCUUCUCACUGCAGUGGCUUCUCUUGUUGAGGAGUUCUAGGUGCACAGGCUUCAGUAGUUGUGGCACAUGGGCUCAGUAGUUGUGGCUUACGGGCUUAGUUGCUCCGAGGCAUGUGGGAUCUUCAUGGACCAGGGCUCAAACCCAUGUCCCCUACAUUGGCAGGAGGUUUCUUAACCACUGCGCCACCAGGGAAGUCCCUGAACUUCAUUAAGUCUUGAGAUCAGAUGUGAUCUCAGUUAAAAGACCGUGGGUUCAAGUCCCAAUCUGAGUUAGACAGUUUCAAAACCACUUCCUUCUGCCCCUUUUCCAGCUCAGCCAGGCAGAAACACUACUCCAGACUGGUGCAGCCAAGAACACAGGACUCCCUUUCCCUCAUCCCCCAGUCAGGGUUUUCUUCCCAGGAGGAGCCAGACAUUGGCAUUUCUCACCUUGUGUCCCAGAUACCUGUUGCUGAGGCUAAGAGGUGGGGGCUCCCUUCGGAUACCUAGUCCCUACUCAUGGGAUGAAGGCAUUACCUUAGGUGUGGCACCACUGAGAAUACUGGGGCCCCAAUUGCCCUUGCCCCAGGUUGUAAGGUAGUGGUUCCAAUGACAGGAGAGGCAAGCCAGGAAGACCUCAGACUACUGUCUUCCCUUUUCCACAGAGCACUCAGCUCCUAAAGCAGGAGUAUCACUAAGACAGAAGCAUACAGUUGUCCCCUCCCCCAAUGCCACAGCCGUGGACCAGAGGUUUUGGCUGAGGUAGGGGAGAAGUAAGCCAUAAAACAGAUAUUUGCAAUCUCUCCCCCAAAGGAACUGGUUUUCUUUACAACAGAACAAGAAGUUCAAGCCUAAAGGUGCUCUAAAUAGUGACAGUUGUGGCAAAAGGCAGUUGAGAGGAGAUGUGUAGAUCACACAUGAAGAUUCAGGCUAAACUGUAGGCUAGCUAGUCUUCAGGAGAGAAGUGGUGAAAUAAACAAUUGGAAGAAGCCCUCCUGGGGUCAGAACAAACAUCAAACACUGACUUCUGGAAAUAUUACUUCAAAGGAGACUGAAUUUGAUUGGAUGGUCUAUAGAGCAAUUUAUGCCCCAUGUCAUUACUGAAAAUAGGGCAAUCAGCCAGCAAUUAGUAGGCCUUAACAGCUGGGUGUGGUCAAAGAAAGAGGGAAAAGAGUUCUGGCAAAACCACUGUUAUCCUAGAAUCACUGUGGGCAUAUCCUAAGCUGCACCUCUAUGAGAAGCAACAUCAGAGGCUUCACAUGUGGGUGUUGGGUGGUGAGGGGGUCGGGGGGAGAAUGUAAUUUACUAAAAUAAUCCAGCCAGUGACACUGAGCAGGGCCCUGUGGGGCUCCUGGGCACAAAGCCUUUCUGUGUCCCCCAUUUCUUUGAUUACUGGAAAUAACCUUCAUUCAGCCUCCAUUAUCUUCCCCGACUUCCAACGAGCAGAUUCAAGCAGUUGUUAUUUAAGGAAGGGAGGGGAUGCGAGACAAGGGAGAAACAAACAGUCAAGAGAAACAAUAGUGCAGCCUUGGGAUAAGGUCACACAAAGACAUCUUUGAGCUGUUUUUCAAAUACUGAAACUCCCUCCAGGUGGGAGAAGGUAACGAUUAAUGAUGGUAUGCUACUCACAAGCAUGUGGACCCCAGACGAGUUGGAACCUGAAGGUUGAUGAUGCUGAUUCCUACUUACCUCACCAUCAACCCAUCAGAAGAAUGAAAGCCCGUCACCGCCUUGAUCCUUAUCACCUACCCCCACCCCCACCACAAGCCCUGUCUAUAAGACCUCUCCCUAUUCCCCAGGGAAGGGGCACAGUUUUUGAGGCCGAGCCUACUGUGUUCCCUCUUUGCCUGGCAAAGAAAUAAAGCUACUCUUUCUACUUCGUCUGAAAUUCUGUCUCUGUAUUACUAUUUGGCACCAGGGUACAGAAUACAAAUUAAUUUUUUAUUUAUUUUUGGCUGCAUUGGGUCUUCAUUGCUGCAUGUGAGCUUUCUCUAGUUGCAGUGAGUGGGGGCUACUCUUCAUUGCGGUGCAUGGGCUUCUCAUUGUGGUGGCUUCUCUUGUUGCAGAGCAUGGGCUCUAGGCAUGCAGGCUUCAGUAGUUGCAGCAUGUGGGCUCAGUAGUUGUGGCACAUGGGCCCUAGAGAGCUUGGGCUUCAGUAGUUGUGGCUCGUGGGCUCAGUAGUUGUGGUGCAUGGGCUCUAGGGUGCGUGGGCUUCAGUAGUUGUGGCACACGAGCUCAGUAGUUGUGGCUUAUGGCCUCUAGAGCGCAGGCUCAGUAGUUGCGGCGCACAGGCUGAGUUGCUCCGUGGCAUGUGGGAUCUUCCUGGACCAGGGAUCAGACCUGUGUCCCCAGUAUUGGCAGGCAGAUUCUUAACCACUGAGCCACCAGGGAAGUCCCACCAUGAUUUUAAAAAGUAAAGGAAAAUACAAUGGCAAUGUCACAUCAAAUAGAGAACAUCAAUAAAGAGAUAGAGGUUAUAAAAAAAGAACCAAAUGGAAAUUCUGGAGUUUAAAAGUACAAUAACUGAAAUGAAAAACUCACUAGAGAAGCUCAACAGUAGAUCUGAAGUGGCAGAAGGAAUAAUUAGUGAAGAUAAGUGGUAGAGAUUAGGCAAUCUGUUUUUCUGAACAGAGAGAAAAAGAGGUGAAGAAAAAUAAACAGAGCCUCACAGAAAUGUGGGACAUUAUUAAGCAUACCAACCAACAUAUACAUAAUGGGAGUAUUGGAAGAAGAGGAGAGAGAGAAAGGAAAGGAGAGAGGAAAGGAACUGAAAAAGGAACUGAAAAAAUAUUUUAAGAAAAAAAUGGUUGAAAACUUCCCAAGUUUAUUGAAAAAGACUAACCUACACAUCCAGGAAACUCAAUGAAUUUCACAGUAAAAUGCACAGUAAAUUGCACAGUAAAAAUGCUCAAGUCAGCGUCAAGAAGGAAAUCUUGAAAACAGCAUGGGAAAAGAAUCACUCGUCACUUAAUAAGGGAAUCCCAAUAGGAUUAACAGCUGAUUUCUCAGCAGAAACAAUGGAGGCCAGAGGGUAUUGGAAUAAUAGCAUAUUCAAAGUGCUCCCCCUGAACCACGGUUAAUCAAAAAUCCUAUAUCCAGCAAAGUUAUAUUUCAAAAACAAAUGCUCAGAUUCCCUCUGAGUUCCAGGUUGAUGGAGAUGACUUCAUGGCCGACAUGUCUAUUUGGAUGUCCCAGGGGAAUUCAAACCCACCAUUUCCCAAGCUGUCCUCAUCAUCUUCCCCACCCCCAUAAUAAGUGUGUUCCUUCCUCCAUGCUCUCCAGCUCAGUGCAUGGGCCACCCUCCACCCAGGUGCUCAUUCCAGACUCCUUCUCCCAUAGUCCCAGGCCCCAAACACACAACCCCACAUCUCUCUGUUGCCUUGCUUCACCCCAUUUCUUUCAACAGCCUCUCAACUGCUCUGCUUGCAUACACGCUUACCCCCUUUCUGACCCAUGGCCCCCACAGGAGCAAGAAAGAUUUUCCUUAAAUGCUCUGGAAGCUGCUCUGUGAGUAGGGACGAGGUUUAGUUGAUGUGAACAGAGAAGUAUUGGUGCAGCUAUCCACCAGCCAGCACGCUGCCUCUCCCAUCCCACAUGGGACUCUUCGGGGCCUGGGGUGCAGUGAGAGGUCUGUCUUUCAAGGACUGAACCGUGGAGUCACACACAGUUGGGAGGUUAGUGGGGAAUAAGGUGUAAAAACAUUUGGGCUAAACCUUGAAAAUACUAUGCUGGUGGGGGAAAGGAUAAACUGGGAGAUUGGGAUUGACAUAUAUAUGCUACUAUACAUAAAAUAUAUAACUAAUAAGGACCUACUGUAUAGCACACGGAACUCUACUCAAUACUCUGUAAUGACCUAUAUGGGAAUAGAAUCUAAAAAAGAGUGGAUACAUGUAUAACUGAUGUACUUUUCUGUACAGCAGAAACUAACACAACAUUGUAAGUCAACUAUACUCCGAUAAAAAUUUUUUUAAAAACCUAAAAAAAGAAAAGAAAAUAUUAUGCUGUGAAGUAAGCCAGACACAAAAAGACAAAUACUGUAUGAUUCAAUUUAUAUGGGGCACUUGGAGGUAGUCAGAUUUAUAGAGACAGAAAGUAGAAUUAACAGGGGCUGGCGGGAGACGAGGGAGGAAGAAUUUAGUGUCUGAUGAGUACAGAGUUUUUUCUUGGAGAAUAUGAAAAAGUUGAGGUAGGGGGUGGUGAUGCUUGCACAACAGUAUGAAUGUACUUAAUGCCAUUGAAUGGUACACUGAAAAAGGGUUAAAAUGGUAAGAUUUAUGCUAUGUAUAUUUUACCAUAGCAAUAAAACAAUUGCUACUGACAAAAAAAAGAAUAUGUGGGAUUGAUAGAGUGAGCGAGGAGAAGGCUGGAGGGAGGCGGAUGGCAGCCUGUCUGUGCUCUGACAGGACUAAGGAGGAGCCCUGUCCAGUGACCUUAGAAGGAAACCAUGCUGAGCUUCCAACUGGUUGUCCCUCAUUGGAAACACAUCAGCCAGAGGCCUGCACGCGUCCCCCUCAUGUGUGACUGUUCCCCCUCUCUGCCCUCACAGUGGUAGCUGGCCAGUGUGGGGAAUGAAGAGGAGGCAGCUUUGCUCUGGAGCUCUCCGAACUGGGAGCCAGUAAGAAGGCGAUUUGAGCUGGGAGGGACUAUUGCCCCAGGGCCCGCCCUACCACAGCCUUGGGCCCUCCGCCAUAAAUAUCUUCAACAGGUCUGCGUGGGUGCUAGGCAGCUCCACCCUGGCUGGAGCCAGCCUCUAGAGUUCAGGUCUAACCUAGGCUGCAGGUGGGGGUCUGCCUGCUGGAUUGUCGCCUGAACAACCUGGCUUAUCGUCGUGGCACCUUCACCCUGGGCAAACGAGAUAGUCAGCCUUGGAUCCGUAAACCUUCCCCCAUUCCAUUCGCUGCUGGCUGAAUCCUGUGACUUGGGACAAUUCUGGGUCAGACCCAGGGAGUAACUCAGGGAAAUUACAUUUUUAAGGGCUUGGAAGUAAAGAAAAGGGGGCUGAGGGGAAGGUCGGAGAUGAUUCUAGGCCCUUGAGGAGCCAUGCUAGUUUUCUGAGAAAAUGUGUUUCUUCGGAGAAAUGAAUAUCCCAGAGAGGAGUCCAGAACUGACUCUACCAUUAUUCCAGAUACAGGAACUUCCUAAUUCCCACAAGCCUGACACCAACAGGAGUACCCUUUGUGCCACCUUAAAGCAUGGCUGCUGCUGGAAGAGCAGAGCUACCUGAAGAUUAUUCCAGGCCAGUGAUGCCCUCACUUCCCAGUGAUGUGCUCACCUGUAGCUAGUGAGGCCAGAGCAGGGUCAGAGCCCGUGUCCCUUGACUUCCAGCCCAUUGUCUGUCUAUAUACCCUUAUUACUCUUAGCGCUUCCAUUUACAUCUAGUGGCUUGAGGAUUUGUCCUGGGCUAGCACUGCCCUCUUGUCAGGUAUCUCCACAAUUUUUUUUUUUUUUCUGCAGCCGAUACUCGGUAAAACAAGUAUAAAAUGAAUGACAAGAAGUUCUCCUUCAUGACGGGCAUCUUCUGUAUCCUCAACACCAUCCAGUUCCUCAUCUUUGAAGUGAACGAGGUUGCAUACAUCGGCUACGAGGACAACUUCAGCAUCUACAAGGAGACAAAGUCUGAGCUAGUCUCUUGGGUCACGACCUACAAGAAGCACAUCAACAUCUGCCUAUCCACCAUCACCCUCAUGGUCAGCUCCUUCUUCCUCUAUUGCAUCCACAUCAGCAACUACGUGGGGCUGCUGUGCUACACCAUGUGGAUCAUCACCUAUGAGCUCCUCAGCUUCUCCGUGGUCCUGCUCACCAACGGGACCAUCAAAGAGCAGUUCAAGCAGCUGAGGUACUUGCACUUGAUUUUCCAGGUCUCCCGAAUGAUCCUGCACUUUUUCUGUCUGCCCUUCAUCACCAAGUAUGCGUACUCCCUUUACAAGAACCUCAAGACUUUAAGCAAGACAGGCCGCUGCAAACGCUCCUCUGUCAGUACAUUUGACUCGUGGCCGCCUGUUGGGCUGGGAACCUUGUGCCGCAAGUUAAACUAAACUGUGCCAGGAAGAAGGGAGAGAGAGAGACAGAGCUCCCCAGCGGAGGCUCCCCCUUCCCUGCCUGCUUUCUGCUGAUUCUCCUUGCCUUUUCCAGGUUCUCGAGUUCUAUGCACUUAAGAAUGACCCUUGGGGGAGGGAGGGUUGCGUGGAUCAGUUAUUAUACAUGUGUAUUUGUGACUUGUUUUGGCAUUUAAUUAUAGACCGUCUUUGUGCUUAUUUAACCAUCUCAUUGGUGUAUCCUGUUGUCUCUCAUUGUACCCUCCUCUCUGCACAUCCUUAGUUUCUGUGGAUUGCCCCACUGAUGCCUGGUUCUGCUGAAUCCUUUAUGAGCAGUGCUAUCUGAUAGAAAUCUCUGUGCUGAUGGAACAGUUCUACAUCUGUGCUGUCUACUAGCCACAUGUGGCUACUGAGCACUUGGGACAUGGUUAUUACAAUCUAGGAAUCAAAUUUAAAAUUUUAUUUGGUUUUAAUUACUUUCAGUUUCAAUAGCCACAUGCGGCUGGCUUGUGGCUACCAUGUCACAGAGCACAGUAAUCUGGAGCCUCAUUUUCCUCCUGCAUAUAACUGUAGACCCCCUUUCCAACAUCAUGCAUCACUCUGCUUUACUCAUAAUGUUCAGAAAGCAGUUCCUCAUGUUGGUUCAUAACACGGCAAGAAGAAUCCCCAUUUAAGAAAGUUCCAGGCUUCCCUGGUGGCACAGCGGUUAAGAAUCCUCCUGCCAAUGCAGGGGACACGGGUUCGAGCCCUGGUCUGGGAAGAUCCCACAUGCCGCGGAGCAACUAAGCCCGUGCGCCACAACUACUGAGCCUACAUGCCUAGAGCCAGUGCUCCGCAACAGGAGAAGCCACUGCAAUGAGAAGCCCGUGCACCACAAUGAAGAGCAGCCCCCGCUCGCCGCAACUAGAGAAAGCUCGCGCCCAGCAACGAAGACCCAGUGCAGCCAAAAAUAAAUAAAUUUAUAAAUAAAUAAUAUAGUUUUAAAAAAUUUUUUUAAAAAAGUUCCAAGAUUUCUCAACUCAAGCACUAUUGACAUUUUGGACUGGAUAAUUCUGUCUCAUAGGGGGCUGUCCUGUGCAUUGUAGGAUGUCUAGCAGCAUCCCUGGCCUCUACCCACUAGAUGCCAGUAGCAUCCCACAGCCUUUUUUUUUUUUUUUAGCAUCCCCUAGCCUUGUGACAAACAAAAAUAUCACCAUGCAUUGCCAGUUGUUCUCUGGGGGGCAAAAUUACCCCAGUUGAGAACCACUAUUUUAAAGCAACACACCCCUGGUGCUGAGAGCUGGUAUGCCACUACUAUUAACUAAUGGAGAGUACCUUUAAUAAGAGCUCUUUACAUUUACCACCUUGUAUAGUUUUUGUUUUGUUUUGUUUGUUCUGUUUUGCUUUUGGCUGCUCACGGGCUUUCUCUAGUUGCAGCGAGCAGGGGCUACUCUUCGUUGCAGUGCGUGGGCUUCUCAUUGCGGUGGCUUCUCUCGUUGUGGAGCACGGGCUCUAGGCACGCGGGCUUCAAUAGUUGCAGCACGCAGCCUCAGUAGUUUUGGCAUGAGGGCUUAGUUGCUCUGCGGCAUGUGGGAUCUUUCCGGACCAGUGAUCAAACCCGUGACCCCUGCAUUGGCAGGCAGAUUCUUAACCACUGAGCCACCAGGGAAGUCCCACCUUGUAUAGUUUUUAAUUCUAAUGUUCCCAUUUUAUGGUUUGAUGAAACUUGAGACUCAGGCCACUUAAGUGAUAUGAUCAAGGUCCCACAGUAUCAAAAUCAAUAUUUGGAUCUAGAUCAUCUAACUUCUUUUUUUUUUUUAAUUUAUUUAUUUUUGGCUCUGCUGGUUCUUCAUUGCUGAGCGCAGGCUUUCUCUAGUUGUAGUGAGCGGGGCUACUCCUCGUUGCAGUGCACGGGCUUCUCAUUGCGGUGGCUUCUCUUGCUGCAGAGCAGGGGCUCUAGGCAUGCGGGCUUCAGUAGUUGUGGCACUCAGGCUCAGUAGUUGUGGCUUGUGGGCCCUAGAGCACAGGCUCAGUAGUUGUGGUGCACGGGCUUAGUUGCUCCGCGGCAUGUGGGAUCUUCCCGGACCAGGGCUCGAACCCAUGUCCCCUGCGUUGGCAGGUGGAUUCUUAACCACUGCACCACCAGGGAAGUCCCUAGAUCAUCUAACUUCUUAUAUGACUGUCCAACUUGGUUCCCUGAAGCACUCUUACUUUUACCAAGAUAAGAAGAGGGACCUCCUUUUAGAAUAAUUCCUUUUCCUUCAAAAAAUGUUGGGAGUGAAGUCAGGGACACUGUUUUGACCAUGCUCCUCCAAACCAUGAGCACAAUGACAGCAGCCCAGUUUUACUGAACACAAUUUGUGUCAGGUAGUAUUCUAACAAUUCCCUCAAUUCUUCCCACCACCCUGUAAGGGACAGAUUUAGAUCCAGGCCAGGUCCCAAAAUGACCACCAGAUGGCAGUCAGCAAUAAGCUUUUGCUUAGUGCUGUUUGCCUUCUAAACCAGAUCCUCUAGGGGUGGCUGAUUUGGGGAUUUAGGGAACCUCCAGCUGAUGACUGAGGAUUAAUAGCAUGUGUCUCCACCCUAGUCUCAUAAUGUGUAACUUGGUACCAGAAACAAAAAACAAAACAGGCCAACUUCAGGGUUCUAAUCCCCUGUCCCAGCUGGGGUAGCAGUGGGAAGGUCGUGUGUGUGUGUGUGUGUGUGUGUGUGUGUGUGUGUGUGUGUGUGUGUGUGUGUGUGUGUGUGUGUGUAGAAGGGGUGGAGAGAGAAACAGAGUUCCAAGAAUCAGCUCAGCUAAGAGUUACCUGCUGCCCUCAGAUACAAGGCUGUGCGCGCCUCGACACCAAGAGUCCUUGGAAAGUGCUGUGUUCACCUCCACUUCCCAGCCUCCCAUUCUCUCUGGAACUCCUUCCACUCCACUGAGACAGCUCUUGUUAAGCUGAUCUCCACACUGCCCAAUCCUGAGCUCAGCCUUCCCUUGCCAGACCUCUCCAUGGCUUUUGACCAGCUGAUCCCUCCCUGUCCUGCAAACAGGUUUCUCUUUUGGCCUAUGGGACACCAGGGCCACCACUCUCCAUUCACCACCCACAUCACUGGCCCUCCUCCAUCUCCUUUGCUGGUCCCUCUGCAUCUCCCUGACCUCCAAACACUGACGAGCUCCCAGGCUCAGUCCUUGGUCCCCUUCUCUUCUCUGUCUGGGUCACUCCCAGCUCUCCUGGCUCAGGCCCGUCAUGGGUAACCCCCAUAUGGACAGCUCCUGUCUGGACCUCUCCCUGAAAUCUGUACUUGUUGGUCCAAUUGCCUCCUUGCUGUGGCAGGUGCCUCUACAUGGUUCCCAAAGGUCCCUGCCAAUUGAUAUUCACACUUAUCACCUCCCCUUGAGUGCAGGCUGGGCUAGCAACCCUCUUCUAAUAAAUAAAACACAGCAGAAGUGAUAGGAUGUCAUCUCUAAGAUUAGGUUACAAAACCACGAUGACCUCAGGGUUGCUUGCUCUCUCCACGGGAGGCCAGCUGCCACACUGGGAGCAUCUCGAUGGAGAGGCUGGCAUGGUCAGGAAGGGCGUUGCUAACCAACAGCCCCCAAGGACCUAAGUCCUACCAACAGCCUCCUAAGUGAGUUUGGAAGCAGAUCCUCCCCAAGUCGAGUCUUGAGAGGGGCCACAGCCCCAGCUGUACACCUCCACUGCAGGUGGGAGCCCCCGAGUCAGAGGACCUGUGCCAGCUGCGCCGGGGUUUCUGACCCACAGAAACUGUGACAUAGAUGUGUGUUCUCUUAAGCUGCUAUGUUUGGGGGUAAUUUGUUACAAAGCAAUUGAUAAGUGAUACAUGUGCCCAGUAGCUAUCUCAGAACGUGCUGCGAUCCAUACGUGUGGUGGUUUUCUCCCAUAAAGCUGCCCUAACGCCCAGUCUUUCCCUCCUCCACCCUUCCAGUUGCUCAGGUCAAGGACCCAGGAAUCAUCCUUGGGUUCUCUCUCUCUCGCAGCCUUUACCCAACUCCUCAGGAAACCCUAUCAGCCCCACCUUCAAUGUGCAUUUAGAUCCCACAACUUCUCAUCCCCUCCCCUACCACUGCCCUGGCCCUGUGGCUGUCACUGUCUUUUGCCCCAGCUGUUGCAGUAGCAGCAUCCUAACUGGUCUCCCUGACACCACCCUUGCGCCCUCUGCAGUCAGUUCUCCACCCAGCAGCUAGAGGGAUCCUGUUGAAACCUAAGUCAGAUCAUGUUCCUCCCUCUACUCUGCUAUUCACAUCCUGCCAGGGCUCCCCACUUACACUCAGAGGAAAAAUCCCGAGUCCUCAUCAUAGAAUGUUGGGUGCUAAGUGAUCCAGUUCCCUGUCAUCCCUCCAAUCUCCUUCCUAACCAUUCUUCCUUCCUCCCUCUGCUCCAGCUGCCCUGGCUGCCUUGCAGUUCCUCUUACACACCCAGCACACUCCAGCCUCAGGGCCUUUGCACCUGUCUCUUCAGCCUGGGAUGUUCUUACUCCAGGGGUCCACUGGCUUCGUCUCAUUUCUUUUUUUUUAAAUAUUUAUUUAUUUAUUUAUUUAUUGUAUUUAUUUAUUUUGGCUGUGCCAGGUCUUAGUUACGGCACUUGGGAUCUUUGUUGCAUCAUGUGGACUUCUUAGUGGUAGCAUGCAUGCGGGAUCUAGUUCCCCAACCAGGGAUCGAACCCGGGCCCUCUGCAUUGGGAGCAUGGAGUCUUACCCACUGGACCACCAGGGAAGUCCCGUCCUCUCGUUUCUUUCAGGGGUCUGCUCAAAAGCCAUCACAGAACUCUUCCCGACCAACCUAUGUGAAGCAGCUCCUCCCCCCACCCCUCUAUAACCCAUUUACCCUGCUUUACUUUUUCCAUAACACAUAUUAUCACCUGACUUACUACAUACAGUUAUCUCCCCCCAAAAUAUAAGCACCAUAUUAUCUUCAUUGCUAUUUUCCCAGCACCGAGAACAACACCCAACACAUAACAGGUGCUCGAUAAAUAUUUGUGGAAUGAACGGGCCUGCACCCUCAGCAGAAUAGAAUGGCCUGUUGUUCCUUGUUUUCGAAGUGAUGCUUACAGUAGCUGGGCUGGUGAUGGGCAAAUUACUACUGCUCUUUUGGCCUCCUCUUCCUACUCCUUUUUUUCUCUCACUCACUCCUGGAGACUCUAGUGAAGACUGUAGAUAGUUACAUGUGGGAAAAUACCCACAAAGGAUACAAGAAUAUCAGCUUCCUUGUCCCUUUCCUCCUUCCCUAAUCCUUUUCCCUGCACCAGCUGCUGACACUAGAAACACCACCUCAUCUCCCAGCGCCACCUUAUCAAGCCUAAAACAAGCCUUUCAAACAAUGCAGGAGUCCCUGGGAAGGGCAAUACUCUGAGAGCUGUCACCUACCCCUGUGAAGAUCUCUGGCCUUCCAUCCUCCGUUUCUUCACUAGGUUUGCUGAGUAUCUACUGCAUAGCAGGCCCUGAGCUAGGAACGGGGGGAUACCCUGAAAAGUAAGACAGCCCACAUUUCAAGGGGCUCCCAACCUAGUGAGGGGUGGGGGUCAUUCAGGACCAUUUGGACCCAGUAUGAUAGGUAUUGAGGGAAGCACCGGGGGCCACAGAAGGAAGGAGGUUGGAGAGUCAGGGAAGUCUUCCUGGAGGAGGAGACCUUUAAGCUGAGUCCUAGAAGAAAGUUUGAUUUAGCCCUGAGAAGGGAGGGGAGGAAAUGGAAAGGUGGGAGCCUGAGAAGGUGCAGAUAUCCCUGGGACAGUAGAGCUGUGCACUCGUAUUCAUCAUUUCCACCUCAGGGUGAAGGAAGGGGCUCUGCACAGGGGAACAGUGGUGUCAAGAGGAAGCAAGCAGGCUCGAACUUCCCCAGAGAAAAGAGCGUCUCCCCUUUUCCCACGGCCUCUGCUGGCUGCUCCCGGAAGGCGCUUGCUCUUAAACAUAUAAUCCCUGAAUAUUUCUGAGCAUCUUUCCCACCUCACUGCUAUCACCUAUAAGUCCAAUGUCCCACGAAGGACAGACUUCGUUCCAUGUUGACGUCUCCCCACUGGUUUCAAGGUGUGUAAACACUUCUGUAGGUCUUACUUCUUUUUUCCUCCUGGCCUUGGGUCUCCAUUCCCCCUGCGUUCUUUCCCCGGGAAGUCCCCACGUCGACUGCUACUAUUCUCAGCCUUUGAAGCCCUCAUUUUUCCUGUCUUCGGUUUCUUCUGACUAUCAUCAGUCUCUACGCACAGACUGAUGCUAUACUUUUCUUUUUCCAAUCAAAUUGCCCACCCAGCAAGUGGUUAAUGAGGGCCCCUGAGAGCCAGCCCCUAGGUGAGGCUGCUGUGGUGAUGAAGCCUGAGCUCCUGACUUUUCAAGACAGCCUUUCACAGGGCGAGCUGCCUGGUGAAACCCUCCUAAGCUCCCUUCCUUUUCCCUUGCCCCCUCACCAGUUGUUAGUAAAAUAGAUUUUUACCAUUUUCAAUGCUUAAUUUUUUUUGUUUUUUGUUUUUGUUUUUGUUUUUGUUUUUUGCAGUACGCAGGCCUCUCACUGUUGUGGCCUCUCCCGUUGCGGAGCACAGGCUCCAGACACGCAGGCUCAGCGGCCAUGGCUCAUGGGCCCAGCCGCUCCGCGGCAUGUGGGAUCUUCCUGGACCGGGGCAUGAACCCGUGUCCCCUGCAUCGGCAGGCGGACUCUCAACCACUGCGCCACCAGGGAAGCCCCAAUGCUUAAUUUUUUUUAAAAAUGCAAUAAAUUAUGAUUUUCUUCCCUGAGAAACAGGUCUUACAAAUAUCUUUUGACUGUAUUAAUUUUGUUUCAUAAACAAGGGCUUUGCUUUAGGUUUGUGUGUUCGUGCAUGUGAUUCUGUGUGUCUGUGUAUCUGUGUUUGUGAACGUUUGUAUGUAUUUGUGUAUGUCAUGUGUUUGCACGUUUGUGUAUAUGUAAAAGGCUGAGUUAAACAAUUAUUUGGUGAUUGCCAGAAAUAACUUACAUAUUAAAGAUAUAAAAGGAUCAAAAACUUUUUAGGGCUUUAUAUUUUUCUAAAAUUUUCUUUUGCCUCUUACGAAGGCUACCUUUUCCCUUCAGAAAUCUACCCAAUGAGGGGCAACACUGGAAUGGACUUUUCUUUUUUUUUUUUUUUUUUUGGCCGCACCACACAGCUUGCGGGAUCUUAGUUCCCUGACCAGGGAUUGAACCUGGGCCCCGGCAAUGAAAGUGCCGAGUCUUAACCACUGGACCGCCAGGAAACUCCCAGAAUGCAUCUUUUUUAAAAGGGUUUGUUUGGUUUUUCUCUUGCCCCAUAGCACAACACUGACAAGGUGUAUUUUAUGAAUGAUGUGGAGAAUGGAACCUAGAGCCAUCUUGCUUCUCAGAGUUUUAGGGGGACAAAAGGAUCCCAUUCAAAGGAAUUGGGAAAAAGUAGUUGUAAAAAGUGUCCAAGAAAAAAAAAAAGUGUCCAAGAAACGAGAGAUCCUAUCAAGUCUGCUAGUAGACACUUGGCAGCUUCUUUUCAAGGAUUCUCAGCUCCUGGCAUCUUCCUCUGCCCAGGCUGAGCUUCCUGUUGGCUACCUUGAACUCAACCUGACCCCAUCUGCUUCUCACUCUGAUCUGAGGAUCUCUUGCAUUUUCUGGCCUGAUUGAGAUGAUUUUAUUUAGCCUUUAAUCACUUUUCUGCACUAGCCACCCUCCUUCCCCACUUUCUGACAUCCUGAAACACACCCUUGCUUCCUUAACAUGUGCAUUCAUGCCUUCUUUCUCAUUUAUCCAUUCAUCAAAAUGCAAGGUUUGUCAACUAUUUGCUGGGCAUUAUGCUAAGAAGUGAAGCAAAAAUAAAAAAACAAGAUGCAGUCUUGGCUCUGAACCAAGAAGAGUGCCUGUGAGGGAAUAAUUACAAUAUUAUAUGAUAAAUCAGGUAACAGAGGUUCAGCCCAAAGUGCUAUGUUCUCUCUAUUUUUCAGUGGUUUGUUCAACAAAUGUUUAUUGAGUGCAUGCUAUAUAUCAGGUAUGUUAGAUGUUGGCCACAGGGAUGAAGAAAAUAAAGUUCCUACUCUCAUGAAACUUGCAUUCUAAGGAGGGAAGACAAGUAAUAAACAAGUGAACAGAUAAGUAUAUAUAAUAAUUUCAGUUAGUAAUAGGUACUAGGAAUAAAAUAAAGCAAGGUGAUAUAAUAGAGUUUUAUCCCAGAUAGUGAGACUUAGCCUAGUAAUUCCAUCCUCUUGCAAUUGACUGUUUUAGAAACAGGCCCAAGCCAGUGGAGAGGGGCAUCUAAGAGGUCUUUGUAUGAGGAAUGUCUGUCUGGGGAGGUAGGGCCAUCUAGGAGGUCUUUGAAUGAGGAAUGACUCUGGGGAAGUGAUGUUUAACAGGACUCGGAAGAUCUGUGGGAAGGGCAUUCCAAGCAGAGGGAACAGCAAAUGCAAAGAUCCAAGCAUGGGGGAAAAGUUUCGUGUGUGCUGACAACAGCCAGAAAGCCAGUGACUGGAGCACAGUGAAUGAGGGCAUGGGGGAUAUAUUGAUCAACUGGUCCAGCAUCCCUCUCAAUCCCUCUAGAGUACCUUCCUUAGUCUCAGAAGGGAAAGCUAAAACCAAAUGCUCCAGCCUCCCUUGCAGCUGUGGUCCUACAGGCUGGACAUGGAUUGUGAACUUGAGAAGGUAGAAGUGAGGCAGAGGCCAUCUUCCUGCUUCUGACAAACAAGGUCGUAGAGUCAACCUUUUUCUCUGCAGCAAUGUUCCAGUGAUCGGUCACUAGCUUGUGGGCACCUGUAGCCUCCUGAUCCCUGGGUUGCUAUUGUGGUGGUGUUUUCUGGAAAUCAACAGUCCAAAGGCGGCCUCCUGAUUCCCACCUUCCCGAGGGGAGUGGUGGCAGCAGCUCUCCUGGCAGGCAGGUUCAGCAGUGUUAUUCCAGGAGUCAUCACAGAGGCCUAGCACAAAGCCUCUUGUAUUCUUCCAAAGAUUUAGAAGGAACCAAUUCCUUAUUCAAUCCCUUUUUGCCUCAAAUACCUGGAAAGGUCUCUGGUUUCCUGCAGCUAUAAGGGGUGCUGAGUUAUAUGGGGGUUUGGGAAACCCAGCUCUCCACUUUGGGAUACACCACAUUUAAACAGAGAAGUACCCAUCUAACCCUACUUGCUGUUUUCCAGGGCAGAGCCAACUUCAUAUUCAAAACAAAACAUUUUUUCCUCACUCAGGGUAGCUCAAACUUGGUCAAACAAUUGUUGACAAUCUUAAUAAACAAGUCCACAAGUUUCCUUUUGUCUGCCAUGCUUGAUGAAUUGCUCAAAGAAUUUGAAUAGAUGUGUCAGGCUUGGUUUCCUUUGGCUAUGUCUCCCUGAGUAAGUUACACUUGGUUAGAUGUUCACUGACCUGCCCUUUAUUACUAGGCUAGCCAGAUAUGGAAAUGAUACUGGUAUGGAUAUCCAGGUGACUUGCCAAUUAAAGUCAGCAUAUUUAUGGAGUGCUACUUUGAGCAAGUCUUGUACAAAAAGCACCAAGGGAGAUGUAAAGCUUCUCUUCAGGUGCUGACAAUCUAGUAGAGAUAAACAGAUAGACAGACCAUAAUAACUUAUGCUGAUAGAGUGUUUACCAGGUACUGAUUCAAAUGAAUGAACUCAUUUAAUUCUCACAACAAUGCUAUGAAGUAAAUUGUAUUGUUUUCCCCAUUUUACAGAUGAGAAAACUGAGGCCCAGGAAGGUUAUGUUAUUUUUCCAGAGUCACACAUAAAGUGGCACUGCUGGGACUUUAACCAGGCAGCCUGGCUCCAGAUGCCCGCAGUUAAUCAUAACCACUGUGUGAGGCUCAAGGAAAGCAUUACGGGAGCAAAGCAGAGGUAGAACUAAUUCAGCCUAAGGGAAUCAGAGCAGCCUUCCCCCUCCACCACCGAAAGAAAUCUCCCAUUUUUUGGUCAAUUCAGCAAACGUGCAUUGGACCUGGACUUUGUGCUGGAUCUUGAGAAAGGUGCUGGUGGUAUAAAGAUGAAUGAGACCUGCUUUCCUGCCCUUGAGGGGCUCACAAGGUAGGAGGAGAAGCUGACAGCUGAGAACAUUAAUUGUGAGAGACCUAGCCAAGAUGGCACAAUAGAAGACACUGAGCUCACCUCCUCCCACAGGCACAUCAAAAUUACAGCUAUUUACAGAGCAAUUAUCUAUGACAAUAACCUGAAGACUAACAGAAAAGAUCUUCUACAACUAAAGAUAUAAAGAAGAAACCACCAUGAAAUGGGUAGAAGAGGCAGAGAUACUGUAUAGCCAAGACCCACACCAUGGGUAGGUGACCCACAAACGGGAGGACAGUCACGACAGCAGUGGUUCUCCCCAAGGAGCGAAGGGUUCAAGUGGGGUUCCUGCACUGGAAGAUGAGCCUCCAGAACAUCUGAUUUUAAAGGUUAGCAGGGCUUACUUUCAGGAGAGCUGGAGGGAUGUAGGAAACAGAGACUGAUCUUUUUUUUUUUUUAAUAAUUUUAUUUUUUAUUGGCCACACAGCUUAUGGGAUCUUAGUUCCCUGACCAGGGAUUGAACCCUCGCCCCCACCAGUGGAUGCACGGAGUCCCAACCACUGGACCACCAGGGAAUUCUCCAGAGACUGUGCUCUUCAAGGGCACAUGCGAAAUCUCACACACUCUGAGUUCCAGUGCACAGGCAGUAAUAUGAAAGGAGCUUGGGUCAGACCCACCUGCUGACCUUGAGAGCCUCUCAGAGAGGCAGGAGGCAACUGGGACUCCCCCUGGGCACAUAGACACUGGCGGAAGACAUUUUAGGGAGAUUGUUCUACCAUAAGGACACUGGUGCUUGGCAAGCACCAUCUUGGAGUCCUCUCUCUAGUCUAUUAGCACUGGGGAUGGGGGCAGGGAAGCACCAGCCCUGAGACCCCCCACCAGGCCAUGCAGCCAGCUGCCCUGGGACCCACCCCCCUCAACCAGGAGGCCAGCAGUCACAGCAUGAGGCAGGGCCUGGCAGCCAACAAGGCCAGGGGCCAGCCCCACCUACCAGCAUGCCCACAGUGCACAGCCCCACCACAACAGAAGGACCCAGGCAACCCACAUAAGGGGCACCCCCAGAGCAUACAGCUUUGGUGACCAGAGGGGAGUGUGCUGCUGGAGCCCAUAGGACAUCUCUAACAUAAGGCAACUUCUUCAAGAUUAGGAAAUGUAACUGACCUAACACACAGAAAUAAACACAGAUUUUUUUUUAAAAAGAAAGAAAAAUAAAUAAAUAAAUACAGAGAAUUAGGCAAAAUGAGGAGACAGAGGAAUAUGUUUAAACAAGACACAAACCUCAGAAAAAGAACUAAACAAAGUAGAGAUAAGCAAUCUACAUGAUCAAGGGUUCAAAGUAAUGAUCAUAAAGAUGCAGAGUGAACUCAGGAGAAGAAUGGAUGAACACAGUGAAAAUUUUAACAAAGAGUUAGAAAUAUAAAGAAGAACCAAAGAGAGCUGAAGAAUACAAUGAGUGAAAUUUAAAAAAAAAACACUGGAAGGAAUCAACAGUAGCUUAGAUGAUACAGAGGAAUGGGUCAGCAAACUGGAAGUCAGAGAAGUGGAAAUCACCCAAGCUGAACAGAAAAAAAGAAUUUAAAAAAUAAAGAUAGCUUAAGAGACUUCUGAGACAACACCAAGCAUACUAACAUAUGAAUUAUAGGGAUCCCAGAAGGAGAAGAGAGAGAGAAAUGGGCUCAAAACUUAUUUGAAGAGAUAAUAGCUAAAAACUGUCCUAACCUGGGGAAAGAAACAGGCAUCCAGGUCUAGGAAACAUAGAGAGUCCUAAGCAAGAUGAACCCAAAGAGGUCCAUGCCAAAACAUGUUGUAAUUAAAAUGACAAAAAUUAAAGAUAAGAGAGAAUCUUAAAAGCAGCAAGAAAAAACAGUUAGUUACAUACAAUGGAACUCCCAUAAGACUAUCAGCUGGCUUUUCAGAAGAAAUUUUGCAGGCCAGAAAGGAGAGGCACAAUAUAUUCAAAGUGAUGAGAGGAAAAAACCUACAACAAGAAUACUUUACCUGGCAAGGCGAUCAUUUGGAUUUGAAGGACAGAUAAAGUUUUACAGACAAGCUAAAAGCUAAAAGGGUUCAGCACCACUAAAACAACUUUAUAAAAAAAUGUUAAAGGGACUUCUCUAAGCAGAAAAGACAAGACCACAAUAAGAAAUAUGAAAAUUACAAUAGGAAAAGUUUCAUUGGUAAAGGCAAACAUAAAGGUAGUAGAUCAACCACUGAUGAAGAUAGUAGAAAGGUUAAAUGACAAAAGUAGUCAAAUCAUCUUUAUUCACAAUAAGUAGUUAAGGGACACGCAAAACAAAAUGAUGUAAAAUAUGAGGUGAAAAUAAUUUUAAAGUGAGUAAGGAGGAGUAAAAAUGCAGCAUUGUUAGAAUGCAUUUGAACCUAAGAGAUCAUCAACUUUAAAUAAUCAUAUAUAUAUGUUGUUGUAUACAAACCUCUUGGUAACCACAAACCAAAAUAGAUACACACACAAAAAAACAGAAAGGGAACCAAAAGUAACACUAAAGAUAGUCAUUAAAUCACAACGGAAGAGAGCAAAAGAAGAAGAAAGGAACCAAAAAGAGUUACAAAAACAACCAGAAAACAUAAAACGACCAUAAGUACAUAUCUAUCAAUAAUUACUUUAAAGGUAAAUGGACUAAAUGCUCCAAUCAAAAGACACAGAGUGGGCUUCCCUGGUGGCGCAGUGGUUGAGGGUCCUCCUGCCGAUGCAGGGGACAUGGGUUCGUGCCCCAGUCCGGGAAGAUCCCACAUGCCGCGGAGCGGCUAGGCUCGUGAGCCAUGGCCGCUGAGGCUGCGCGUCCGGAGCCUGUGCUCCACAACGGGAGAGGCCACAACAGUGAGAGGCCCACGUACCGCAAAAAAAAAAAAAAGACACAGAGUGGCUGAAUGGAUUAAAAGAAAAAGACCCAUAUAUAUAUAUAUGCUGCCUACAAGAGACUCACUUCAGAUCUAAUGACACACAAAGACUAAAAGUGAGAGUAUGAAAAAAGGUAUUCCUUGAAAACGGAAAUGAAGAGAAAGCUGCAGUAGCAAUACUUAUAUCAGACAAAAUAGACUUUAGAACAAAGACUGUAGCAAGAGACAGAGAAAGACAUUACAUAAUGAUAAAGAGAUCAAUCCAACAAGAAGAUAUAACAAUUAUAAAUAUACAUGAACCCAACAUAGGAGCCCCUAAAUACAUAAAGCAAAUAUUAACAAAAAUAAAGGGAGAGGGAUUCCUUGGAGGUGCAGUGGUUAAGAAUCCGCCUGCCAAUGCAGGGGACACGGGUUCAAGCCCUGGUCCAGGAAGAUCCCACAUGCUGCGGAGCAACUAAGCCUGUGCGCCACAACUACUAAGCCUGUGCUCUAGAGCCCGUGAGCCACAACUACUGAGCCUGCGUGCCACAACUACUGAAGCCUGUGCACCUAGAGCUCCGCAACAAGGGAAGCCACUGCAGUGAGAAGACUGCACACUGCAACGAAGAGUAGCCCCCACCCUUGCUGCAACUAGAGAAAGACCGCACACAGCAAUGAAGACCCAAUGCCCCUAAAAAUAAAUAAAUAAAUAAAAGUGAGUAAUUGACAGUAACACAAUAAUUGUAGGGGACUUUAGCACCCCACUUACAUCAAUAGAUAUAUCAUCUAUACAAAAAAUCAAUAAGGAAACACAGGCCUUAACUGACACAUUAGAUUAGAUGGACUUUAUAUAUAUAUAUAUAUAUAUAUAUAUAUAUAUAUAUAGAGAGAGAGAGAGAGAGAGAGAGAGAGAGAGAGAGGGAACAUUCCAUCCAAAAGCAGCAGAAUACACAUUCUUUUCCAGUGCACAUGGAACAUUCUCCAGGAUAAAACACAUACUGGGCCACGAAACAAGUCUCAAUAAAUGUAUAAAGACUGAACUCAUAUCAAGCAUCUUUUCCGACCACAGAGGUAUGAGACUAGAAAUCAACUACAAGAAAAGAAUUGUGAAAAACACAAACGUGGAGGCUAACAAUAUGCUAAUAAACAACCAAUGGGUGACUGAAGAUAUCAAAGAGGACAUCGAAAAAUACCUAGAGACAAAUGAAAAUGGAAACACAAUGAUCCAAAAUCUAUGGGAUGCAGCAAAAGCAUUUCUAAGAAGGAAGUUUAUAGUGAUACAAGUCCACCUCAGGAAACAAGAAAAAUCUCAAAACAAACAAACAAAGAAAUCUAACUUCACACCUAAAGGAACUAGAAAAAGAGGAGCAAACAAAACACAAAGUUAGUGGACAGAAAGGAAUAAUAAUGAUCAGAGCAGGCCAAAAGCCUGCCGUAAGGCCCUGCCUCAGUGGAUUUCUCUCUUCUAGAGGUCCUCAAAAUAUCAAGAUUCCUGCACCUGCCAGAAGAGUCUUUCCCAUUCACCUAAUAAGGCUGCUCAGAACCCAAGAGUCUCCAGUUUCUGGGGAGACCAGGCAGAGCAGAGAGAAAACAAAAAUAUCUCAAUUCUACCCACAGGUGUGGUUUACCAAAUUGCUGUAAGUCAUAACUAACUUGAGGAAAAGGCUUCCCUAUAUCUGGAAAACACAGAUCAAAACCAGUAAUAUUUCAGACAAAAACCAUAAAAAUUAUAACCAUAUUCACCAAUUCACUCAGUAACCAAUCCUUUUGUUAACUUUUUAUGAAACCAUCAGUCUUCCAUUAGGAUUCUUUAGUUUCUUACCCAGUUCAGCCAAAUGAUCUAAAAUUUAUCAGAGACCUGUACUGGUCAAAAGGUCUUUCCUACGAAUCUUCUUAAAGAUGAAGCACUUUUCAAAUGAAAACUACAAUGAGGCACCAACUCACACCCGUCAGAAUGGCCAUCAUUAAAAACACUACAAAUAACAAAUGCUGGAGAGGAUGUGGAGAAAAGGGAAUCCUCCUAUACUGUUGGUGGGAACGUAAAUUGAUACAGCCACUAUGGAAAACAGUAUGGAGGUUCCUCAGAAAACUAAAAACAUAGUUACCAUACGAUUCAGGCAAUCCCAUUCCUGUGCAUAUAGCCAGACAAAACUCUAAUCCAAAAAGAUACACGCACCCCUAUGUUCAUAGCAACACUAUCCACAAUAGCCAAAACAUGGAAACAACCAAAUGUCCAUUGACAGAUGAACGGAUAAAGAAGAUGUGGUACAUAUACACAAUGGAAUACUACUCAGCCAUAAAAAAGAACAAAAUAAUGCCAUCCACAGCAACAUGGAUGCAACUAGAGAUUAUCAUAUUAAGUGAAGUAAGUCAGAAAGAGAAAGACAAAUACCAUAUGAUAUCACUUAGACAUGGAAUCUAAAAUAUGACACAAAUGAACCUAUCUACAAAACAGAAACAGAAUCAGGGACAUAGAGAACAGACUGGUGGUUGCCAAGGGAGAGGAGGUUGGGGGAGGGAUGGAGUGGGAGGUUGGGGUUAGCAGAUAUAAGCUUUUAUAUAUAGAAUGCAUAAACAACAAGGUUCUACUGUACAGCGCAGAGAACUAUAUUCAAUAUCCUAUGAUAAACCAUAAUGGAAAAGAAUAUUAAAAAAAAAGAAUGUAGGGACUUCCCUGGCGGUCCAGUGGUUAAGACUCCGCGUUUCCACUGCAGAGGGCACAGGUUCAAUCCCUGGCUGGGGAGCUAAGAUCCCACAUGCUGCAGCGCGGCCAAAAAAGAAAGGUAUAUAUAUGUAUAACUGAAUCACUGUGCUGAACAGUAGAAAUUAACACAACAUUGUAAAUCAACUAUACGUCAAUGAAAAACAAUUAAAUUAAAAAAAGAUGAAGCACUUUGCAAUAGCAUUGGAGUACAAUAACUGUCUAUAAAUGACAAAAGACUUAAAAAGGCACAGUUCAACAACUGAUUACUAUGUAAUCAAUGAAAAAACUUGGUUACAAUAACUAGAAUUAUGACUGAUUAUAAUCUUAACCUUUAAAAACCUUAAUCUCUAGCAAAAACCAAGAAGCAAGUAAUUGUGAACUCUGUCAUACCAGCAUUUCCUGACUGGAAAACUUAUGCUUUAGUUUUCCUCUUGUAAGAAGGCAAAGACCCGACAGCAAUUAACGUUCCAAUAUUUUAUCCUAUUUGAAAUGACCCAGAGAUCUGUUUUCCUGCUAGAGUUUUAAAAGGCUUUUUUUUUUCCUCUUCACUCUUAGAGAUCACAUAUGAUUAGACUAAAGUUCCUGAGAGCCCAGGUAGGUCAUUUACAUCUCAAAGGCACAGGAAGAGAAAUAUCCAUUCCUUCUAGAAAGCUAACUUUCUCUAAGGCAUAUGCAAAAACCAGUUUUAGAACAGCAAAAGAGUCCCAUUUUGGCCAUUUUCAGGGAUUUUUUUUUUUUUUCAGUUUCUAAAUAGCCGAUUCAGUUUAAACAAAUAACAGUAAUAGACAAUAAUUCACUCACAUUCACAUGCCUCACUUUCAGAGGAACAUGAAUCAGCACUCAAGUCAACCUUCGCCUCAGCUGUUAGCUCAGCACCUGUGGCCUUUCUUAACAUAAAAAGCAACAGCCAGCCCACAGCUGUGGCCACUGCCUUAUUGUCUAACUUUUUUUUUCCCACUGUAAUGGCAGCCAAUAUCUCCACAACAGCCUUAGGGGUGUCUAUGAGUUCUUUGUGCUCUCUUGGGGGCCCCCAUUCAUCAAGGACAGCCACCCCAGAAGUUCCCCCGCAACUUUGGGGAUCACUCCUGCAACUUUCAGCCCCACAUGUUAGUGGACGGUCCCCGCAAAUUUCCAUUCCCCAUCCUUAUCUCCGGACAUCUCGGUGCUCACAGGAGUUUCCCUGGUCUCCUGGCUGCUCCACCAAUUGCUGGGCUGCACCCCACAGAUCCGCAAAGCCUGUACUUGCCCAGAUUCAAGACUGAAGAAAGAGCCCAGAGUCAGCGACAGAGCCAUCAAUGGUUUAAUGCAGGGGUCCCUAGCCCCUGGGCUGAGGACCAGUACCGGUCUGCGGCCUGUUAGGAAACGGGCUGCACAGCAGGAGGUGAGCGUCAGGCGAGGGAGCGCAGCUUCAUCUGCGGCUCCCCAUCGCUCCCCAUGAUUGGCAUUACCGCCUGAACCAUCCUCCACCCACCCAGAACGUGGAAAAAUUGUCUUCCACGAAACCAGUCCCUGGUGCCAAAAAGGUUGGGGACCGCUGGUUUAGUGGAUGGGGGAGCUUACACAUCUGAAGCAAGGUCCUGGAGCAACUCCCCACCAUGUGCAGCAGACGGCGGGGUGGGGGUGGGGGGCGGGCAGGACAUGGCAGCAGUCUGCUCCCCUGGAGAGGGGGAGGUUACCAGGUGUAGGGGAAAUUGACGUCAUGUUGGCUCAUCAGUUACCAGGGAAACUCGCAGAGGAGCACGCCCCUCACCGCCCCUUUGACAAGCUAUCAUGGUGGAGAUGUUCUGAUCUAAAGGUUAGAACAAUCACUAGCUGGGGUAGGGGCAAGUAUGUAGGAAGGUCAGUCAUGUGAGUAGGGUGUAAUAUAUAUAUAUAUAUAUAUAUAUAUAUACACCAAAUGGAAUAUUACUUAGCUAUAAAAAGAGAAUUAUUGUCAUUUGCAACAACAUGGAUGAAUCUAGACGGUAUUAUACUAAGUGAAAUAAGUCAGAGUAAAACAAACACUACUGAUACUUGAUCUCACUUAUAUGUGGAUUCUAAAAAACAAAACAAACCCUUAGAUGCAGAGAACAAAUGGGUGGUUGUCAGAAAGGAGAGAGGUAGAGGUGUGGGUGAAAUAGGUGGAGAUUAAGAGGUAUAAAUCUCCAGUUAUAUAAUUACUAAGUCAUGGGGAUAUAAUAUACAACAUAGGGAAUGUGGUCAAUAAUAUUGUAAUAACUUUGGGGGCAGAUGGUAACUAGACUAAUUGUGGUGAUCAUUUCAUAAUGUAUGCAAAUGUCAAAUCAUUAUGUAGUACACCUGAAACUAUCAUAAUAUUGUAUGUCAACUAUAUUUCAAUCAAAAAAAAAAAAGAAAAAGAAAGCUAUUAGAGCUAGUUACUCCUACCUCCUCCUACGAGUCCUAGUGCAGAUAAGUAAUGCAGCUGUCCAUUAGCAUAGCUGAAAUCCCACACCAAUGUGGCUUUCCACGGGCAGGGUGAGAAAACUAGAAGUCCACAAUUAACUUCUUAUAAGCGAAUAUCUAUGUCCCUUUUUAAAGUGUAAUUUUCCUAAUAUCAUAAUAAAAUCCCCUCCCAAAAAAAGAACAUUAAUUACAAUAUGGGAUAAUAAGGAGUUCAGAGAUAUCACGGAGGGGUGGAUCAACUCUGCAGGUGACUAAUGGAUAAGAAAAGACUUCUUGGGACUUCCCUGGUGGUCCAGUGGUUAAGACGCUGCUGUGCUUCCACUUCAGGGGGCACGGGUUCGAUCCCUGGUCAGGGAACUAAGAUCCAGCAUGACUCGCAGUGCUGCCAAAAAAAAAAAGGACUUGGGGCUUCCCUGGUGGCGCAGUGGUUAAGAGUCCGCCUGCCGAUGCAGGGGACACGGGUUUGUGCCCCGGUCCAGGAGGAUCCCACAUGCCACGGAGCGGCUGGGCCCGUGAGCCAUGGCCGCUGAGCCUGCGCAUCCGGAGCCUGUGCUCCG